CCCAGGGUCAGGGUUCAUGUUGCUGCGGGAGCUGAGCCUGCGCGGCGCCGGCUCCGGGGUCACCGAUUGGUUCCUCUGGCGCAUCCUGAACUCCUCAUCGAGGCUCCGGAGCCUGGACCUGAGCGGGUGCAGCCGCGUGACCCCCCCCGGCCUCAUGGCCCUGCCUGCAGAGCUGGAGGUGCUGUCCUUGGCUCUCCCGGGGGGCUCGGAGCAGUUUUUGGCCCCCCCCUAUGGCAGCUCCAAGGUCACGUGUCGCUGGGGGCGGAGCCUGCGCGAGCUGGACCUGAGCGGGCGCCAGUUCAAUGAGCGGGACCUGGCAGAGGCCAUGGCUGCCCUGGGGCCACAGGCACCACUGAGGGCACUCAACAUGGCCAACACCAGGGUCAGCGCCAGAGCACUCAGUGUCCUGCUGUCCUCCUGCCCUCACCUCUCCUUCCUGGACCUCUCCUCGUGCCGGCGCCUGCCCCGCGGCACCAAACGUGCCCAUCGGGGCCGGAGCCAGGUCCGGAGGUGCCUGCGGGUGUUGGCAGGGCUGGACCCCGAGGAGGAGCCAGCCAAUGGGGAGCCAGCUAAUGAGGAGCCAGCCAAUGAGGAGGCAGCCAAUGAGGAGGCAGCCAAUGGGGAGCCAGCUAAUGAGGAGCCAGCCAAUGGGGAGCCAGCCAAUGAGGACGCAGACAGUGAGGACGCAGACAGUGAGGAGCUCCUCAUCAUGGAGCUCGACCAAUGAGGAGCUCCCAACAUGGAGCUCGACCAAUGAGGAGCUCCCAACAUGGAGCUCGACCAAUGAGGAGCUCCCAACAUGGAGCUCGACCAAUGAGGAGCUCCCAACAUGGAGCUCGACCAAUGAGGAGCUCCCAACAUGGAGCUCGACCAAUGAGGAGCCCCCCAAACAUGGAGCUCGACCAAUGAGGAGCCUCCAAUGAGAAGCCAUCCAAUGGGGAGCUCCUCUGCAUGAAGCUCGACCAAUGGGGAGCCCCCAAACAUGGAGCUCGACCAAUGAGGAGCCUCCAAUGAGAAACCACCCAAUGUGAACCUCAACCAAUGAGGAGCCCCCCAGCAUGGAGCUUGACCAAUGAGGAGCCCCCCAUUGAGGAGACCCGCCCCCAACAAGGAGCCACCCAAUGAGGAGCCCCCCAACGUGGAGCUCGACCAAUGAGGAGCCUCCAAUGAGCAGCCACCCAAUGGGGAACUCCUCUGCAUGAAGCUCGACCAAUGAGGAGCCCCCCAACAUGGAGCUCGACCAAUGAGGAGCCUCCAAUGAGAAGCCACCCAAUGGGGAGCCCCCAAUGUGAAGCUCAACCAAUGAGGAACCCCCCAACGUGGAGCUCGACCAAUGAGGAGCCCCCCAUUGAGGAGACCCGCCCCCAACAAGGAGCCACCCAAUGAGGAGCCCCCCAACAUGGAGCUCGACCAAUGAGGAGCCUCCAAUGAGCAGCCACCCAAUGGGGAGCCCCCCAACAUGAAGCUCGACCAAUGAGGAGCUCCCCAGCAUGGAGCUUGACCAAUGAGGAGCCUCCAAUGAGAAGCCAUCCAAUGGGGAGCCCCCCAACAUGGAGCUUGACCAAUGAGGAGCCCCCCAAUGAGGAGCCCCCCCCAGUGAGGAGCCCCUCAAUGUGAAGCUCAACCAAUGAGAAGCCCCCUAGCAUGGAGCUUGACCAAUGAGGAGCCCCCCAAUGUGAAGCUCAACCAAUGAGGAGCCCUCCAUUGAGGAGACCCGCCCCCAACAAGGAGCCACCCAAUGAGGAGCCCCCCAACAUGGAGCUCGACC